GAGAAAUAAAAAUUUGAAAGUAUUAAUCAAGUAGUAAAGUAAUUAAAUAUACGAUAUUGAAAUUGUACUUAAUGUUAUCAAUCCGCGGAAUCACUUGUUUUUACAAUCUAGUAAAGGGUAUAUGACAAGGUGAUAUGACAAAAUACGAAUUGGGAACGCUGAACCCAAGGAAUACAUACCGACGUGUCUUGUUUAUGAUUGAUCAUAUUAUCAUGUGUAACGGAUAAUCGAUAUCUACACAGAGAUAAGCAAAAUAAAGAAAGUACAUUCGUUUAUUAUAUUUGUGAAAACAAUUUCAAGAUUGUCGCGCCACCCUGUAUGUUGCCAGUAUAAUCGAGAGUGACGUUCAGGUGCGACUGCAGUAAUUACAGUGAAGCGGUUUCGCGUACAACCGAGAACGUUACGUUGCUAACGAUCAAUUGUAUAACAUGAAGUGGAAAAUCCGCGAUGUGUACAAGGUGUUUAGCCGCAAAAAGGUGGUGAACAUUUCUCAAGACUCUAAAUUAGCGAGGGUCUUGUCGACUCUCGAUCUCACAGCCUUAGGAGUUGGCUCGACUUUGGGAGUAGGUGUGUAUGUCUUGGCAGGAACUGUUGCAAGAUCCACCGCUGGUCCUGCCGUGAUCGUUUCAUUCGCCAUUGCUGCGAUAGCAUCGAUGUUUGCAGGACUCUGUUAUGCAGAAUUCGGAGCACGAGUGCCGCGUGCUGGAUCCGCAUACGUUUACAGUUACGUCACAAUGGGCGAGUUUGUUGCAUUUCUCAUCGGCUGGACGUUAAUUCUGGAGUACGUCAUCGGCUCAGCUAGCGUGGUACGCGGUCUCAGCACAUAUGUCGACGCGCUCUUUAACAAUAGCAUGAGAAAUGCCUUCGAAUCAGCGGCACAUAUCGAUAUUAAUUAUCUAUCAUCAUAUCUAGACUUUUUCGCAUUUGGCAUCACUCUGCUGUUUUCAGUUGCGCUUGCUUUUGGAGCCAAGGAAUCUUCGCUAGCAAACAACUUUUUUACAUUAGUGAAUCUCUUUGUCGUACUUUUCGUCAUAAUCGCCGGUUCUACUAAAGCUAAAAUUAGUAAUUGGAAGACGGAGCCUAAAUGCACCGAGACAAAGUGCGAGUUCGGCACCGGCGGUUUCGCACCUUAUGGCAUAUCGGGCAUCAUAAGCGGCGCGGCCACGUGUUUUUACGGAUUCAUUGGCUUCGAUUGCGUGGCAACUACGGGAGAGGAGGCUAAAAAUCCGCAACGAUCUAUCCCCAUAGCGAUUGUCGCAUCCCUGAUGAUUGUCUUUCUGGCGUACUUUGGCGUCUCGAUGGUCCUUACCACCGUGUUACCGUACUACGAGCAAAAUCCCGAAGCACCGUUCCCACAUUUGUUCACGACAUUAGGAUGGGACUGGGCCAAGUGGCUCGUGUCGAUCGGAGCAAUUUGCGGACUAUGCUCCAGUCUUUUAGGUGCGAUGUUUCCGCUGCCGCGAGUAAUCUAUGCUAUGGCUUCAGACGGAUUAAUCUUCAAGUGGAUGGGCAAAGUAAGCUCACGAUUCCAAACUCCGUUCAUGGGCACGCUUUCCGCCGGGCUUCUUACAGGCAUUCUAGCGGCGAUAUUUGAACUCACGCAAUUAGUCAAUAUGAUGAGUAUCGGUACGCUACUGGCAUAUUCGAUUGUGGCCUCUUGUGUACUUAUUUUACGAUACGAAGAAAGCGAAGCAUAUGAGAAGAAAGACGAUCGCGAUCCAAGGACUUUCACAUUCGUCAUAAGACAACUGGUAAACGCGAACAAAUUAAAUCAUUCCACUAAACUUACGGCACAGAUCGUUACUUCUCUCGUAUUUUGUUACAUUGUUCUUUGUUUUGGUAUCGCUACUCUGUUAUCAACGUAUAUAACUGAGAUCAGCGCUGGAAAAGCGACUUUCGUGGUAUUACUCGCCGUUUUAAUCGGUGCACUCAUGCUUACUCUUUGUUUCAUUUAUCUCCAACCAGUUUCGGGCAAGAAACUUACAUUCUCGGUGCCGUUGGUACCAUUCUUGCCGGCGAUUAGUAUACUCAUCAACAUUUAUCUUAUGAUGAUGUUGGACGCUAUGACAUGGGUACGAUUUGCCGUGUGGAUGAUAAUUGGCUUGGUUAUAUAUUUCUCUUAUGGCAUACGACAUAGUAAUAUUCGACAAAUGAAGUUGCCGGCGAGAUCAACUGAUAAGAGUAAAGAUAAUUCAUGGAGAGAUGCUGAUUCUUCUCAUGCCUUGUGAUAAAAGAUGACUAUAAAAAUAGAUCGUUUAAUUUUAAUUUAUUGAUUGGAAUCAAUGAGAUAACUCUUUUAAAAUAAUGUAAAAUAUUAUACUCAUAAAAUACCUGCAAAGUAUUUAUUAACUUUCUAUAGUGAUUUCGAAAUAAAUGUUCUCUCUCUCUCUCUCUCUCUCUCUCUCUCUCUCUCUCU